GAAGGAAAAAAAAGGGGCUGGUGAUGCAAUUAUGGGGGGAAUGAAAAGGAUCACUUGGGGGUUUCGUUUUCUUCGAACAAUGGUGAAAAGAGGAGGAACGAAGAGGAAAGCUGAGAUUAAGAAGAUCACUGACAAAAGCUCAAAGGCUGUAACUUUCACGAAGCGAAGAGAUGGUCUCUUCAGUAAGGCCGCACAGCUCUGUCUUCUCGGCGACGCUCAGAUCGCUAUCUUAGCAACUCCUUCUUCUUCCCAUUCCAACGUCUCUUUCUUCUCCUUCGGACACUCCUCGGUCGAUUCGGUGGUCUCCGCAUAUCUCUCCGGUCAAAGGCCCGCUCCUCCUCCCGUUCCGGAAGACAGCAGAGAGAUGCGGGAGGACAUCGCUGUUUGCAUGGCUCGGAAGGAACUCGGGCUAGGCUACUGGUGGGAGGACGAGAAGCUUCUUGCGAGUAAGAGCCGGGAAGAAAUCAUGGAAGCCAUGGAGUCCAUGCAGAUACUGUGGAAGGCUGCGGAGAGGUUGCGUGAUGAGUACGUCGUUGAAUUUGAUCAAAGAAAAGGAUCGCAUGAGAAGAAGGAGGACAUGAGUAAUGAUCAAACAACGCUGAUCAGUACAGAGGAUGAUCAGAUCAUCGCUGUUUGUGACAGUUUCUUCAACUACAACAACAACAACGCUGCUUUAUCAACAACUCCUCCUGAUGAGGAUGAACAUCAUCAUCAGAUUGAGGCUGUUUCUGAAAAUUAUUGCAGCAACAAGAACGCUCUGUUAUCACCUCCGGCUGCUGCAGGAGGAGGUUUGAAUGAUCUAGCUAAUGUUGAUUUGGAUACAAUUUUUGAAGGUUUGGCCGACCUUGAUGCUGAGCUUGUCGCUUCUUUUCUCAUGUGA